GUUUUUCUAGAUAUUUCUUGCUGUAUAAAAUAACAAAUAUAUUUUUAAUUGAAUGGAAGAUAUUUUACCAAAGAAAUGUGGUGUUAAGUAUUCUCCUCCUACACUAGUUUUAUUUUACACUGUUAAAUCAUCAGGGAAGCUUCAUCGGCGCUCUAUACCAAUACGUUUAAAUGAAAAUACAAACGAAGAAAAACUUUUUACCAGUCUACUCAAAGAAUCUCACCAUUCUAAAUAUCUAAAAAAAUUUAAGCAUGAACAAAUUGAAAGGCUUUUUAAAAUGUUGGUGACAAACGUAAACGGUAAUCAAACUAACUUAAAUGAAGUAAUUCAAAAGGAAACUGUUGAUGUUGAUUUUGAAACGGAGAAUUUAAAUAAAUUAGACGAUGAAACGUUGAACAAAGUAAAAGGACAAAUGAAUGAGGUGUUUAAAAAGAAUCAAAUAAAACCCGGUGAUAGUGCAUGGAAGUAUGACGUAGAAGUUGACUUUAGCAACAACGAUGGUGCAGCAAAAUCAUUUUGGGACGAAGAUGAUUCUGAGUCAGAUAUGGAGUUCUGAUUUGAUAAAGUUUAAAAAUUAUGUAUAUAUUGUCGAAAUUAAUAGUUAUUUAAGUAUUA